AUGGAACUGGAGGCCACUACAACAGCCACUAUGGAGGAAUCAGUGGAUCGUUUCCAAAUGGUGCGAGAUCGACUGUUUGAUGUUGACUACACUUGGUACACUAUGCGGGCUGAAGAGAAUCAUUUAUUAUACGGUUCCUCAUUAACUAGACGGCCUAUUGAUCGAUAUAAACCUCCAGAGAGAAAAUUUUUUAAAUGCUUUUAUGAUUCCUUUAGAGAACGUGAUGAUAAGUAUCAUUUAUCUCUUCUGUAUGAUGUUAUUGCAAAGGAAUCCUUAGAACGAGCCACAUUGAGGAGUUAUGAAAGUGAGGAAUUUAGUUCAAUCGCUCGCCAUGCUGGAGAAGUUAUGCGAGUCCCGCAGUGGUGUCGUUUUUAUUUUAAUAAACUUCCCGUUAUUGAAGCUGAAGAGAUGGAGCGGCGAAUGAUUAAAAGUGAAUUUUAUUCCAUGUAUCUUGAGGCGGUGACUGUAUUAGAGAUUUUACACCGUCGAGUGAUCUUAUUUACAGAAGAGCCGGCAGCACGAAAUAGUAUUGUAGCUGCAGAGACGCAUGAUUGGAUUGAGUGUCGACGACAGCAAGUAGAACGGGAGCGACAAGAAGAAUUAGAGGAAAAUGCAAGAGAACGUAAACGUCUUUUACUUUAUCAUGAUUGGAAGAAAAAACAAGAAUAUCAAAUUUUCUUAUUUGAGCAAAGUGAACAGGAAGAACGAAUGGAUGUAGAAAGACUUCAACGUCUUCAUAUUGGUACAUGGGCACAACUUUUUCAUGCUGAACUUAAAGAAGCACGUUAUCAUCAAUUAAAGUAUCAACUAAGACAACGUUUAUUGAAUGCUGAAUGUAGUCGAAAUAUCAUGGCAGAAGAAGCCACAGAAAGAUCAUCCAUUAUGCUUUUACAAAAAGAUCAAUUUCGUACUCUGGAAGCGGAGGAAGUAAAGAGUUUUCUUUGGACUAGGCGUCAUAUGAUGGUGAAUGAGGCUGUAGAGGGUGAGCGUUGUGGUAAUUUGACCAAAACAGUAAUGUAA